AUGGAAACAAAAAAGUUCUACGAGAGAUGCAGCAGAAUGCUUCGUGACAUAAAAGAGAAAAGAACAGGAAUUAAGACAGCAUGCUACAAAACAGAAAUGCCAAAGAAGUACAUGGCAGUAUUAAGCAGUAUCCUCAGGAAAUAUGACACUCUCUUAAGGGUAGUUAAUGCACUCCCACAAGAAAUCAGAAGUAAAUGGCAUGCAGUAGUAAUAUGCUAUGAGAUACUAUACGGGAAUAAGAGGGAAUCAACACAAUUCAACAAGAAAUUAAUAUCACAAGUAAAGGAUACUUAUAAUUCACUAGGAAUAAUAGAAAGAAAUACACCAAAAGACACUACACCACAGUAUAUACGUAUAAAUACACUAAAAGCAACAGAAACUGUAAUAUCAUCAUUAUCUACAGAAGUAACCUGUAUACCACACGUAUAUAAGUCAUUAGAGAGAGUAAAUUGGAGUAAAUUAGUCAGUUUUCAACAGGGAUUAUUCUUUAUACAGGAUCUAUCCAGUUGUAUGCCUGCUUAUGUAUUAAAUCCACCCAGUAAUACUGUAGUAUUAGAUGCCUGUGCUGCACCAGGUAAUAAAACCACACAUUUAGCCAUGAUAUCACCCAGUAGUACAGUAUAUGCCAUAGAAAAGGAUAUAGACAGAUAUACCAUACUAAGGGAGAUGGUUGAGAAGUCAGGGGCUGAGAAUAUUGUGACAAUACAUGGGGACUUCCUGGGGAUAUCACAUGGGACAUUACCUGGUGUAGAAUAUAUUCUAGUGGAUCCAUCAUGCAGUGGGUCUGGCAUGCACCCGGGUGAAGAGAAGGAGAUGGAGAGACUGAAGGGUCUUUGUGCAUUUCAGGUUAAGGCACUGAGUAUGGCACUGGGUUACCCUGAUGUAAAGAGAGUGGUAUAUUCCACUUGCUCAAUAUACGAGGAAGAGAAUGAAGCCGUGGUAGAUGAGGUACUUAAGGCACACCCUGGGUUCAUGGUGGAAAGAGCCCUGCCAGAGUGGCCUGGAAGGGGUGUGCCCGGAUACGCAUUCUCCGGGGAUGUCGUAAGGUGCGGGCAGGAGACAGAGACGAAAGGAUUCUUCCUGGCGAGCAUAGUCAGAAGGAAGUGA